UAGCCAAGCAAUGAAAGAUGGCGGUGAAUACUAGGUCUAAAAAUUCUCAAGCAAUGAACAUUUCUUCACUAUUUAGUCGAAUACAUGGUGCUUUUUCAGAAGCUAUGGCUCCACCAAGGUUUGUGAUCGACAGACGGACUAUAGAAAAAACUUGGAAGAUGAUGGACAAGGUGGUCAAAUUGUGCCAGCACUCGCGAAUGAACUUGAAAAAUAGCCCGCCGUUCAUUUUGGACAUCCUGCCGGAUACAUACCAGCAUCUGAGAGUGAUUUAUAGUAAACACGAGGACAGAAUGCACGUUCUCAAUGAGAACGAGUACUUUCGAGUGUUCAUCGAAAAUCUGAACAGAAAGUGUAAACAAGCGAUCAAACUGUUCAAGGAGGGAAAAGAGAAGAUGUUUGACGAAGCGUCACAUUUCAGAAGGAACUUGACAAAGUUGAGCCUAGUAUUCAGUCACAUGCUGUCAGAACUCAAAGCCAUAUAUCCCAGUGGCACAUUUUGUGGUGAUACCUUCAGGAUAACGAAAAGUGACGCCUCGGAGUUUUGGAAGGACUCCUUUGGAGAUCGGACGGUUGUAUCAUGGCGUGUAUUCCGGCAAACACUGCACGAAGUCCACCCAAUAAGCUCAGGAUUGGAGGCCAUGGCCCUGAAGUCAACCAUCGACCUGACCUGCAAUGACUUCAUUUCAAAUUUUGAAUUUGAUGUGUUCACAAGGUUAUUUCAACCUUGGUCAACACUUCUAAGAAACUGGCAGAUCUUAGCAGUGACGCAUCCUGGGUAUGUCGCUUUCCUGACAUAUGAUGAGGUGAAGGCUAGGCUACACAAGUACAUCAAUAAACCAGGAAGUUACGUGUUUCGGCUAAGCUGCACAAGGUUGGGUCAGUGGGCCAUAGGUUAUGUGACAGCUGAGGGAAAUAUUCUGCAGACCAUUCCACAAAAUAAGUCAUUGUGCCAAGCUCUUCUUGAUGGAUACAGGGAAGGAUUCUACCUGUAUCCGGAUGGGAGGAAUGUGAAUCCUGACUUGAGCUGGGCUGUGCAAGCUACUCCUGAGGACCACAUCAAAGUGACUCAAGAGCAGUAUGAACUCUACUGUGAGAUGGGCUCCACCUUCCAGCUCUGCAAAAUAUGUGCGGAAAAUGACAAGGACAUUCGGAUCGAGCCUUGUGGGCAUCUUCUCUGUACACCGUGUCUCACAUCCUGGCAGGACUCUGAGGGACAAGGGUGCCCAUUCUGUAGAGCAGAAAUCAAAGGAACAGAACAAGUAGUAGUGGACCCGUUCGAUCCUUCGGGGAGAACUAUCAGGAGGACUGAUAUCCAGAGCUACAACCAAAACAGUUUGGUUGAUCUGGAUGACGAUGAGCCCUUUGAGGACCCCAACACAUGGACAUCAUCCUUGCAAGCUUUGGCCCUCUCUCCAAGGAGUGAAACUGCUGACGGAAGCAGGUCAAACAGUCGGUCACCCUUCGUGUCACCACACUCUUCACCGAUGGUAACACGUCGAAUACCAACCACUGCACCUCCACCCGUGCCUCCUCGAAGAGCAUCUCCUACCACAACACCUGGCCAAUCACCAGGUACAUCGCCCAGGCAUCAAGCACUGUCAAAAGAAAGUACGGAUGAGUACAUCAAUGGAAGUACUGCACCCAAAUGCUCAACUUCACCACAAAGCUCUCCUGAGAAUUCGGGAGGCAGCAUUAACUAUGCUGAAGUACGGCAUGAAGGUUCCCCAUUCAGACGAGCUGGAUCUGGACCCCGCCCAUCCCCCUCCUUUCCGCCCACAAUAGUGACAGUGAUCCCUCCUCCACCAAAUGGCACAUGGCCAGGCAGCAGCAAUGGUACACCACAGAGAUCUCCAUCUCCACUACCCUCAUCUACUGUCCACUAUGCGGAGCUGGCCGAGAUGACAGAAGAGCCCAGCUAUGCCAACACUGAGCUCAAUACUGUGCACAGUGAGUGCUUGCAUACUGAAAUAACAGGACCUCCAACACAAAAGCAGUCAACGGACCUGCUUGAGCCUGUGCCAUGCUCAUCUCUCGCUUCCACAACCAAUGGCUCUCUCCUAGGCAACCAGAAAGUUGAGAAAAGGUUACGAAGCCUUCGUCCUCUGGCAACGAGUGCGCUCGAGAACAAGGAAAAUGACAGAGUGAGCUACGAGAAUCUCCACAUGGACUACAUAUCGGAGCUCACAUCAGAGGGCUACACUCAGGAUGCUGUCAUUCGCGCCUUAGGUAUCGCACGAAAUGAUCUACAAAUGGCCAGAGACAUUCUGCACGAGUUUGCAGGGAAACGCAAGUGAGGGAUGGGUUAGCAACCAAGAGCAUCUUUGGCUAAGGUUGUUUGUAGAAACUUAUAUUUUUGCUAAGGUGAGACUCAUCCCACGAAUGCGGGUACAGUGCAUGCCACGUGUGUUCAUCUUUCCAGCAAGAAGAGAGACGAUCUGGUAUGCUAGUCAGUCAUCAGAUAAUGAUUCCAGGAAGGUGCACCCUUAUGGCUGUGUCAGACAAAGCUCCAUCUUUGUCGAUUGUGGUUAGUUUAUGGCUUAAAGCAACUGCCACCCUGAACACUUCGUUCCAACACUUGUAAAAGCAGCAUGCACUGAAACUGGAUCUUUCACUUGUAUAAUUUUACCUAGCAAAGAGAGUCUGAAUACUCAUGCAGUAUUUUCAAGGUCCAUCUGACUACCUCCUGACAUACAAUACACUCAGCCCAAAACUCUCAGGUUUCACCACUUGGCUGAAUUUAGUUGAUGCAUUUACUUUUACACAGAGCGCGCGCGAGAGAGAGAGAAAAGACAUAGGGCUUUCCUUAUGUGCAUGUGGAAUCUCAGGUGGCAAGAAUGAAACUGGAGAGCAUUAAUUAAUAUGACUUUUGAACGCUACACUAAAAUGGGUGGAUAUAUGCUAUGUAAAGAUUUCAGGUUUCUUUCCACGUGUUUCAAAUUGAUAAUGGUAUUAAAGAUAGCAACCUAUCACAUUCUUUGGAGUCAUUCUCAGCCUUGUUUGUUUGCACUGUUGUAGAUGUGAAUCAGAGCCUUUUAAGUCAGAGUUAUUUGGAGUUUAGAUAAGAGAUGGAGCUUUGUGUGGCAGCACGUAGCUCCUUGAAGAAAAUGCAAAUUAUGCAUACAUGUUUUAGUGUGUGCAGUUUGGACUGCAUUUUGCAGAAGUUUUCAAUGUGCCUGCCACAAUGCAGAUUUGGUUUUUAAAAAGUUGUAUUUAUGCCAGACUCAACUGCUGCGAUCUUAACUUGUAAAUAUUGUUUAUCUUUAGCAGUGCUGUGAUAUGUAAGCAUACAUACUCUUAAUUUAUCCCAACAAAUGGUUCCGGCUUGUACCUCAGCAGUUUCGUUGCUUGUAUUUUGUGUUUAUUUUGCUUAAAGAUGGUCACAAUCUGCUGUCUCAAAAGCACAUGAGAAAUGUGUUGUGCAUAUUUUAUCUUAUGUAGUGCAACGUAGCACCGAAUUUUAAGCCAAGCCCUGUGUAGUGUUAUUGUAUGUUUUGUUUCCCCAUCUAUGUUAGUGUGUCAUCUGUGCAUGUGCAUGAUCAAACUGAAAUCACAAACUGUGCUUUACCAAUGAACAAAACCUCAAACCCACUUCCAGACAGGCAAACCACCACUAUAUCUCAAUUUUUUUUUUCUCUCUCUCGAGCUUGGGACCAUAUUUGCUGAUGAUGCUUUUGCCACAACAUUUAUCUUGUAGAUUUUGUUUAUGGUAGGGGGCUAGCUUUGUGAGUUUGAUCAGCAGAAAGAAUUAGUCAACGCAUCCAAGGAGCUACGUAUCCAGCUUUCAGGUCAUAGUGCCCACCUAUUUCUUGACAUAGUGAUUGUUGCUUUGAGUCGUUACUUUUCGGAGCCACCACAGUCUUCUUCACUGCUUUCGUUAUCGAAACUGUUGUGCUCAAGUUGUAGUUGUCUCUGUAAACACGUGGCUGUAUGCUUAACAGUCACAGCAUUCAACAUUUUUUUCCCUUUGUUUACAGAAAAGAUUAUUUGCGUUACAGUAAAUGUUAUUCAAAAAUAAGUCCCACGACAGUUUACCUACAUUUGUGUGAAAUGCUAGUGUUCAUAACAAUACACAAAGGAGCAUACUCCUUACUCAGUACUCAGCGAUUGGAGGUUAUCUGAAGUGAUACAUUGGAUGUGUGUAGUGUGCACAUUGAUUUCCAUUUGUGGAAAAGUACAACUCUCAUCACCAUACUGUUGCAAUUUCUCAUGCUACAUCGAGUCACUAAUAUAUUCUUAAUGUAAAUUGAUGCUCGUCAUGGUACACUGUUCUUCCAUCCCUGUGUGUUGUGUACAUGGUCUAUGCUUCUAAAGAUCUAAAUCAUAGAGCUGCCUUCGUGUACGGAGGUAUGCUUGCAGGUAGUAUUCUACACUGCAUUGUGAGCUCCUGACAUUACAAUCUAUUGUCACACUAUUACAUUCCAUGUGAAGGCAGUACCUGAAAUUAGUGAAGUGUGGAUUUCACAUUGCUGCAGAUCUGACUUAUGGAGUAAGAAACUCCAAUAUCAUAAAAAUGUGAAUGAUAAAAAUAUUGGCCUGGUGGUCAGUUAGGAGCAAGGAUUUUGUGAAGUGUUAGAGAAGCACUCUGAGGUACAGCUUGCAUUUCAGCAGCUUUUAUACUUGUACCUCCAAGUAUGCAAUUAUGCCAUACAGAUUAG